AUGGCAGAUCCCAUCCGCUGGGCCCGAUACCGUUGGCAGCGACUGAUAUCUACAGAGGGCGGAGAAGGUAGCAGCAGCAGCAAUUCAAGUAACAAGUGCUAUCAAUCAUCAAAAACUAUUGGCAAACAUAGGAUAGUGAUACCCUGUUUGGGACAUUUUAAGGAAGAAUAUGAAAAAGUAUCUAAACUGUACAUGAACAACAAAAUACGGACUACUAAGUAUACUUUAUUGAAUUUUUUACCACGGAAUUUAUUUGAACAAUUUCACAGAGUUGCCAAUUUGUAUUUCCUAUUUCUAGUUGUCCUAAAUUGGGUUCCUCUGGUGGAAGCCUUCCAAAAAGAAAUUACAAUGCUACCUCUAAUAGCGGUUCUGACAAUCAUUGCAGUGAAAGACGGUCUGGAAGAUUACUCAAAGUAUAAAAUGGAUAAACAGAUAAACAAUUUACUAACCAAAGUGUAUAGCAGGAAGGAGAAGAAAUACAUAGAUGAAUGCUGGAAAAAUGUCAAUGUUGGGGACUUCAUCCGGCUUUCACGUAAUGAAAUCAUGCUGUUAUAUUCUAGUGACCUGGAUGGGAUCUGUUACAUUGAAACGGCAGGCCUUGAUGGAGAAACCAAUCUAAAGCAGAGGCAGGUGGUGAGAGGAUAUUCAGAGCAGGUCUCUGAAAUUGAUCCAGAAAAAUUUUCCAGUAGAAUAGAGUGUGAAAGUCCUAACAAUGACCUCAGUUGCUUCCGAGGCUUUGUUGAGCAUUCAAACAAGGAUCGAGUGGGCCUCAGCAAGGAAAACUUACUGCUCCGAGGAUGCACAAUAAGAAACACAGAAGCUGUUGUAGGCAUAGUGGUAUAUGCAGGUCAUGAAACAAAAGCCAUGCUGAAUAACAGUGGCCCUCAUUACAAGCGCAGUAAACUGGAAAGAAAAGUGAAUACUGAUAUUCUUUGGUGUGUUCUGCUUCUAAUUUUGAUGUGUUUAACUGGUGCAAUAGGCCAUGGAAUUUGGUUAACUAGGUAUUCGGAAAUACCUUUAUUUAACAUCCCUGAGCCAGAUGGGAAAUCAAUUCCUCCAACAUUAGCAGGUUUCAAUAUGUUCUGGACGAUGAUCAUUUUAUUACAGGUCUUGAUCCCAAUUUCCCUCUAUGUUUCAAUUGAAAUUGUCAAAUUGGGACAAAUUUAUUUAAUACAGAAUGACACUGAUUUUUACCAUGAGAAAACAGACUCAACAAUUCAGUGUAGAGCACUGAAUAUUGCUGAAGACCUUGGCCAGAUUCAGUAUAUCUUCUCUGACAAGACUGGAACCCUUACUGAAAAUAAGAUGGUUUUUCGGAGAUGCAGCAUUGCAGGACAAGAGUAUUGCCAUGAAGAAAAUG